AGCUUGAGGGGGAGCUCUGAGCUGGUGGUCCCUGAGCAGCCUCCAAGCUGGGAGAAGCCCUUCAAAUGCUUGGAAUGUGGGAAGAGCUUCAGGAAAAGCACUGACCUCCUCAAGCACCAGCACAUCCACACUGGUGAACGGCCCUAUAUAUGUAGGGUAUGUGGGAAGAGCUUCAGAGACAGCUCCACCUUGAUCCGCCACCAGCGCAUCCACACUGGGGAACGGCCCUACACGUGUGGGGAAUGUGGGAAGAACUUUACCCAGAGGUCCCACCUCCACACCCACCAACUCAUCCACACUGGGGAACGACCCUACAAGUGUUUUGAAUGUGGGAAGAGGUUUCAGACGAGCUCACAUCUCCUCCUGCAUGAGCGAACGCACACGGAUGAGAGGCCCUUCCGCUGCACCGACUGCGGGAAGGGCUUCAACCAGAACUCCAACCUCCUGACCCACCGGUGCAUCCACACUGGGGAACGACCCUACAACUGUUUGGAAUGUGGGAAGAGGUUUCAGACCAGUGGGAGUCUCCUCUUGCACCAGCGGACACACACGGAUGAGAGGCCCUUCCGCUGCACCGACUGCGGGAAGGGCUUCAACCGGAACUCCACCCUCGUCACCCACCGGCGCAUCCACAGCGGGGAGAGGCCCUACAAGUGUGGGGAGUGUGGAAAGAGCUUCACCCACAGCUCUACCUUGACCAAACACCAAAGGACCCACCAAUAAAAGAAGCCCUAGUGCUCCGACUGCUGGAAGAGCUUCUGCUGCUGCUUCCACCCCAAAUGAAGCCCCUCAUUUGGAGGCAACCCCUGGAGUCCAGUGACUGUCAGUCCAUCCCUUUUGGGCAGCUUCUUUCAACAGAACCCUUCUUGGGGGCUGUGUGGAGAUUCCUACCUUGGCUGGGGACCCCCCAAGGUCACUGCUGGAGGUUGAGAACAGAGA